AUGCCAUCUCUGGACUCGUCAUGUUUGAAGAAAAUCGUCAGGCCUAACGCAACCCCGCUUCUCCACUUGGACGAUCUCGUCAUCGUGCGCCUCAAUUUCACCACGAAACACGAAUUGCCGACCGCCCGCGUUUGCCGAUGGGCCACAUCCCUGGGGGGAAAUGAAGAGAAAGAAGAGGAAGAAGAAGAAGAUAUAGACGACUCGAACCUACCGCAAGAAGUGAAGAAUCUCUGGGAGAGAUCCGAUUUCGAAACGCUGACAGUCAUGGGGCUCCACACUCUCAAGUCAUCACGAUCUCGGUUUGGUAAGUUUAACCCACGUCGGACGAAAUCAAUGUACAGUGUUGAUUUGCCCAUGAUUAGGAUGCCGUCAAAUGUGAUGAACGACCAGGGCAGUGUGGAAACUGUGCUAGACUACGCCUGGAGUGUUCCGGCUACACAUCUUCACUCCGGCCGAGCACCCAAGAAGACAUAG